CCAAAUGAGAUAUCAACCAAAAACGAAAAAAAGUACACAGUGGAGUAUCCAAAUCAGCAAAGCUUCCAUAGUCCCCACCAUGAUCAGUAGAGCUCAAGCUCUCAAGCUCAUAGUGCCCAACUCCCAUUUUCCUUAAACCCCCCACUCUCAAAAUCUCAACCCACUUUGAUCACAACAAAUGCGCCACCAAAACCUCCAAAAAUCUCACCUUUAAUGGCCGCCGCCACCGCCGGCUUCGGUCACCUCUUUUUCAUCCCCAAGUUCCCAUCAACAACCCAAGUCAGGACCUUUGACUUCAAGAUCACCUCCUGUCUCUCUCUAAGGCAAUCAAAUGACCCAACUCUCGCCUCCCAAAACGACGCCGUCCCUUUCGGCAGCCUCCGUGUAGUCUUCGCCACCGGUGGCACCGGCGGCCACAUAUACCCGGCCGUCGCCAUAGCUGACGAGCUCAAAAGCACCGACCCCAACGCCCAGAUUUUGUUUCUUGGCAUACCCAAAAGCAUGGAAAGCAAGGCCGUCCCCAACGCCGGCUACGACUUCGCCGCCGUCCCCUCCGCCAAGUUGCACCGUCCUAUUUUGUCACCCAGAAACGUGUUUCUUCCCUAUUACUUGAUCAAGUCAAUAAUAUGGAGCUACUUUAAAUUGAGGGAGUUUGAUCCUCAUGUUGUGAUCGGAACCGGGGGGUAUGUGUCUUUUCCGGUAGGCAUUGCGGCGGUGCUGAGAGGAGUGAAGCUUGUGAUUCAGGAACAGAAUGAUGUUCCCGGAAUAGCCAAUUGGGUGCUUUCUUUUUUAGCUGAUGUUGUGUUUGUGGCUUUUAAUUCUACUAUUGAUUGUUUCCCAAGUGGGAAUGGGAAGUGUGUGGUGUGUGGGAAUCCGGUGAGGUCGUCCUUAAGGCAGAAUGUGUCUAAGGCGGUGGCGAGGGGCCGGUUUUUUCCCAAGUCUGGUGAGAUGGGAGAGGUGAAGGUGCUUUUGGUGCUUGGAGGGUCUUUAGGUGCUAAUGCCGUGAACAUUGCUAUGCUGAAUUUGUAUUAUCAGAUGCUGUUGGAGAAGGAGGACUUGUUCAUCAUUUGGCAGACUGGAGUGGAGGCCUAUAAUGAGAUGGAGAGCCUUGUUAAGAACCAUCCGCGGCUCCUUUUGAAGCCGUUCAUGCAUAAAAUGGAUCUGGCAUAUGCAGCUGCAGACCUAAUAGUUUCGCGAGCUGGUGCAAUGACUUGUGAUGAGAUCUUGGCAACUGGGAAGCCUUCCAUUCUGAUACCAUCACCAGAUGUUGCUGAAGGACAUCAAUUCAAAAAUGCUUUUUUGAUGGCAGACUUGGCAGGUGCAAGGGUUAUAACUGAAGAUGAACUUGAUUCGACAACCCUUGGAAAUGCAAUUGAAGAGAUAUUAGGGGAUGAAAGUAAAAUGGCAGAUAUGUCCGAGAGGGCUCUGAAAGCUGCAAACUCCAAUGCCUCUGUAGCGAUUGCACAACAUGUCCUUUCUCUAGUCAGCUUAUCAAGAGCAAAGAAGAAGUAGACUUAAAAGUCGGCUUAUCUUCUAUGUUUGUGAUAGAUCCAGCUUCCACGCUCCAUUGCAGUCCACCAAAGUUAAUUUGUUAUAUGCAGAAGCUCAAGGGUUUCAUAGAAGUUGAGUUCAGGAAAAUGUCCAUGAAUGUAGGUAGCUAGGUUUCUAGAGUUCUUUUCACUCCAAUCAUCGUUAUUCAAGAAGGAUCAUAAAGAAUCUUUCCUUUCAUCCUUCUGGCAAAGGGUUGAUGAGAGGCUUGGUAGCUAGGAAAGUUGAGUCAGGAUCUUUAUGUUAGUUUUGCCGAGCUGUUCCUAACAUGGUUAGGUACUGCAUUCUGUUGUGUGAUUAGGAAGAUGUCCUAUGCGCCAAAGAGACUGAUUCAAUGUUGUAACCUCCUCUGUUUGAAGUCACCAAUUUUUACUUUUUUUAUAAAAGGAAUCUUAUGCUAAUGAUCA